AUAUUGAAGAGACAUUUUCUUCACUGGUUGAUGCUGCUGCUGCUAAAUUAAAAGAUCCUGAUGUUGCUUACCUAGUUGAAGGUCCAGAUAUCAGUUCCGAGGAGGCAUCUCAUUCUAUUGUUUUACAUGGAGAGGAGUUAGAUUUCGACAAGCAUCCCUCUAAUCACAAGCCCUUAAAUUCUAGUGCAGAAGCUCAAGCUUGUUCAUAUUUCUGUUCGAAAAAUAAGUUUAAGUCAACAUCUGCUGCAAGAGAGACUGCAGAUGCAAUUCGAGUAACUGUCCUGUCAAAUAAAUCAAGAAAUAAUAAUUCUGGUGCUCCUAUUGCCGAGUAUUUACCAGCAUCAGAACCGGCAAGAAUUGUAGUUGCGAGCUUCAAGCUAGAUGUAUUGUGCUAUGCUUCGGAAGAUUUUCCUGUGACUGCUGCUAUAUCUAAAUUGGUUGUACCUGCAUUAGUUGAUCAGUUAGAAACUAUGAAGAAGGCUAUCAUACCAGAGAUUUUAUCACAACAUCCUCAGUUAUGUCCAUAUCACUUCCUCCCCCCUGGGAUUUUGCAUCCAAUAACGGCUAUUUAUGAACUCAGAUAUGGGGAGACAGAGGUGAAACAAGGUGAAAUUAGAAAAUCUUUACACUCAAGACUGGGUUUACCUUUGGAUCGUCCUUUAUUACGUAUUGCUAAUGCACUAAGUAUUGGCAGUAAAAGCAUCAUGAGAAGCAACUCAAUACCAAAUGGUUGUCCAUUACUUAAAGAUGUCCACACUGGAAUUCCAAAUAGUGGGGUUUCUGGAGGCAUUGCAUCCCUAAUUGAUGGUUCUUAUGAAUAUUAUCAUUACCUUCUCAACGGAAUGGAUGACAGUGGCUGGGGAUGUGCUUACCGCUCUCUACAGACUAUCAUAUCUUGGUAUCGGCUUCAGCAGUACACAUCCAUUGAAGUUCCCUCACACAGGGAAAUUCAGCAGACUCUUGUUGAAAUUGGUGAUAAGGAACCUUCAUUUGUUGGGUCACGUGAAUGGAUUGGAGCCAUUGAGUUGAGCUUUGUUUUGGAUAAACUUCUGGGUGUUGGCUGCAAGAUCAUAAAUGUGAGAUCUGGGGAAGAGCUUCCAGAGAAAUGCAGGGAGCUUGCCAUGCAUUUUGAGACACAGGGAACCCCUGUAAUGAUUGGUGGUGGUGUCUUGGCAUAUACUCUAUUGGGAGUUGAUUACAAUGAGGUGAGUGGAGAUUGUGCCUUUCUGAUUCUCGAUCCUCACUACACAGGUAAUGAUGAUUUGAAAAAGAUUGUUAAUAGUGGAUGGUGUGGGUGGAAGAAGGCUGUUGAUAGCAAAGGCCGAAGUUUCUUCUUGAAGGAUAAGUUCUACAAUCUUCUGCUUCCCCAAAGGCCUAACAUGGUGUGAGAGAUCAUGUGAAAUAUUGGGGUGAUUAAAUAAAUUAAAAAAAAGGAUACAUGUAGAAGAGGAUAAAGAAAAAGAAACAUGCACUCUUGCUGCACAACCACAACACCCCCCAACCACCCCAAUAAAAGGAGGGAAAAAAAGACAAGUUUGUAUUGGUAGCGAGGAUAUCAAGGAGACCAAGAGUUUUCUACAUUACAGAUGCUCAUCUCAAGCCAACUUCUGUUUUGGAUUUUUUUACCUUUUCAAGUCACAUGUCAUUGUAUUGAAACUCUCAGUAAGAACAUGAUUUAAUGUCUUCUUGAGGGCACAACAGAAGUUAGUCAUAUGUUCAUCAGUGGUAGAAGCAGGCAGCAAGUGAUCUCGUCAACCAACCUUUUGUGACCCUGAACGUGGGAUUAUUUCUUUUGACCAUCUCAUGCACUUCCAUAUGCAGCUUAACUGACAUGAAUUUAUAAGAACUUUUGUAGCUGUUUUUAAACUUUAUUUUCUUUUGCUGAUGAUGUAUCGUUAUCCACUUCACUGGAGAACUAUAUCUUGGAGUCAUUUUAGCAUGGAGGGCUGGGGGUUACUCUUUCUGGUGA